AUGCCCGCCAAAAUUUCGGGCGAUGGCCUGAAGAGGAAGAGAGUUGCCAAUAAGGAGAAAUUGAAGAAGCGCGUCAAAUCGGAAUCGGAGUCGGAAGCGGAGAGUAGCGGUGAUGAGAGCAACGACCCUCAGGCUGAGAUUUUGUUGCUCGAGAAUGAGAUUCUUGAGUCCAAAAAGCACUACAACAACAUUUCAAAACUGAUCCAGACUACGAGUACCCACGAAGAUGAACCCGAGGCGGCGACCCUGGCUUGUGUGGCCCUAUGCAGAGUCUUUGUGAGACUCCUCUCCGCAGGAGCUCUCGUCCCCAGGAAGGGUCUGCCAGAGAAAGAAGCGGUCGUUGUGCAGUGGCUCAAGGAACGAUAUUUUGAGUACAAGAGUGUGCUUGUCUCUCUUCUUGCCGAGGAGGAUCUGGCGCCGACAAUGCUGACGCUAGCCUUGCGGUGUCUCAAGGCCGAGGCCCAGCACCUCUAUGAGAAGGAAGAGUACAUCUUCCCUCAAAACUUUCUCGAGCAGAUCGUUGCGGGUCUUCUGGGCUCGGACAGCGAUGAUGCGCGCGUCGAGUUUGUAGAGAAGUAUUUGACUCAAUACGACGACAUUCGCUUUUUCACCUUGAAGGCCAUCAAGGCUCUGACUGAGACGCCUGGCUCUCUACCGCACGACGAGCUUUUCGAUGAUGCUUUUGCGUUGCUCUCAAACAUCGGCAGCGUACCGACAGAACUGGGUAACUUCUACGUCGAGAAGCCAAAGAAGAAGUCGCACAACGUCAACUCCCUUCACCAACACAAGAAGCAAGGCCAGGACGCCUGGCUCGCGGUACUCAAGCUUGCAGCGACAAGAGAGCAGCGGAAGCAGGUGCUGGACGUCAUGUCCAACGAGAUUGCGCCCUGGUUCAUCCGGCCGGAGUUGCUGGCCGACUUCCUCACAGACUCGUACGACGCGGGCGGUUCGAUUUCGCUACUUGCUCUGUCGGGUGUCUUCUACCUUAUCAAAGAGCGCAACCUCGAUUACCCGUCGUUCUAUACAAAGCUUUACUCCCUUCUAGACAGCGAGAUCUUGCACUCGAAGCACCGCUCUAGGUUCUUCCGGCUGAUGGACACAUUCCUGUCAUCGACUCAUUUGCCAGCGGUGCUGGUGGCAAGUUUUAUUAAAAGACUGGCACGUUUGAGCUUGAACGCUCCCCCGAGUGCCAUCGUCUUUGUAGUACCUUGGAUGUACAACAUCCUCAAGAGGCACCCACUCUGCACGUUCAUGAUCCACAGGGAGACGAGAGACCCGGAGGCCAAGGCGCUCAUGGAGAAGCAGGGCGUCGAUGAUCCGUUUGUGGCCGACGAGGCUGAUCCGGCGGAGACGCACGCCAUUGAUAGUUGUCUUUGGGAGAUCGUGCAGCUGCAGUCGCACUACCACCCCAACGUAGCGACGAUUGCCAAGAUCAUGUCGGAGCAGUUUACCAAGCAGUCCUACAACAUCGAGGACUUCCUUGAUCACUCAUACGGCAGUUUGCUCGAGGCCGAAAUGAGCAAGCAGGUCCGGAAGCCUCCCGUUCUCGAGUUCCAGAUUCCCAAGAAGGUGUUCCUCCCGAACGACCCAGAGUCUGGGUUCCAGGACAAUCUAGUGACGAAGCUGUGGAACUUCGAGUGA